AUGUCAAAGCUUCGGAUGCGGGCGAGAGUUUGGAUGUCUUCAUCACCACCAGGUCCUAACCGCUUUGAUCUAAGGCCCUCACCAUUCAUUCCGAGCAAAGGUUAA